AUGAUAUAUUCGUCCGUUACUUGUGCCUUUACUGCAUGGUACUUUUUACUAAUUUUCCAUUCUGCAGCAGGAGCACAUGUUUUCUUCUGUGAUUUUGAAUCAAAUUCGACUUGUAGUGUAGAGAAUGGCAGUCCUGUUGACCCUCAACCGCCGCCAAUUAACUUCACUAUUCGAUCACCUUCAACACUUACUUAUCCUGAUCUCGGUCCUUUCUCUGGUCGUUCAUUUCUCUAUUGGUCGCGUCCUGAUGACUAUCCAUAUGCCGACGAAUUCAAUGGACGAAUACAUACUCCAAAAUUCCAUCAAACUGAUGGUACAAACAUGUGCCUACAAUUUACGUAUUACAUCAAAUCGACUGGUACUGACAAUGGUACGUGGCUAGAUGUAUCCACAGGAGGUUGCUAUGCUGCGUCCUUAUUUUUCAUUGAACAAGAUAAUAGUAACGGAUGGCAAACAAUGACAGUGCCUUUACACGAUGGCAAUUGUUCCAUUUCACUUUAUUUUACAGUGAAUCAGAGAACAUCGGUCAGAGUAGCAGUAGCACUCGAUGAGAUCAUCGUCGAUUGGUGCGAUGUGCUAGCACAAUCAACUACUACUACUACUCCUCCAAUAUCUAGCAGUCCAAUACAAUUCACUUUCUCUACUUCACUCAUUGUCACAUUUCUUAGCAUGAUUUUCUUAAAAUAA